AUGACGCAGACGUGGAAGCGAGACAGCGGCAGCGUCGGGAAGCACGACAUGUCCUACGUGCUUUCGCUGAAACAAGCCGAACCGACAGACAACGUGCAGGAGCAGCAUCACCGACGAUACCCUACGGUCGUCUUCCACCGCAUGCUCCUGUUUCGACACCAUCCUCGGCUGUUGAUCCAAACCGCUCGCGCGUCCUUCCCUCCAGCUCGAACAAUUCUUGCGCCUCCGAAAGCGUUUCUGUCCUCAUCGAUCAUCAACAUGUCGGAACAGCGCGUCCGCGUCGGCUCGGCCAAAGAUGUCGCCCAAGGCAAGAUGAAGGAGUUCACCUUUGCCGGUGAGGGCGACGAUGCCGUCAAGGUGCUCGUCUCCAAUGUCAAGGGUCAGCUCCACGCGACCUCGUCCAAGUGCACCCACUACGGUGCGCCCCUCGCCAACGGCGUGCUCACCGGAGAUGGACGCAUCAUUUGCCCCUGGCACGGCGCCUGCUUCCACGCCAAGAACGGCGAGAUCGAGGACGCUCCUGCUCUCGACAGCAUCCUUAGCCUCAAGCUCGAAGUCGACGGCGAUGAUCUUUUCGUCACUGCGGACCCCGAGAAGCUCAAAGGCAAGCCGGGUGUCGCCCCAAGCUGCAAGGGUGGAGCUCAGAGCGUCGCCAAGGGCAAGGGCGUCGUCAUCGUUGGCGGUGGUGCCGGUGCCAUCAACUGCGUCGAGGAGCUGCGAAAGAGCGGCUACCAGGGUAGCAUCACCAUCGUCUCGAACGAACAGGCCAUCAUCGACCGCACCAAGCUCAGCAAGGCGCUAAUCGCCGAUGCCGACAAAGUGACGUGGCGAAGCAAGUCGCACCUCAACAACGUGCUCGGCGUCGAGCUGCAGAACACCAGCGUCACCAAGGUCGAUGCCGACGCCAAGUCAGUGACUCUCGAGAACGGAUCGACGCUCGAAUACGAGAAGCUCGUGCUGGCUACCGGAGGUAUUCCCAAGCGCAUCCCCAUCCCUGGCUCGGAUUUCAAGAACGUUCUUGUGUUGCGACAGAUCAGCGAUACCAAGGCGAUCAACGAGGCAGUCGGUAACGAGGAUGGCGACGAGAGCAAGAAGAGCAAGAACGUCGUCGUCAUCGGAUCUUCCUUUAUUGGCAUGGAAGCGGCCAUCGCUCUGACCAAGCGCGCCAACGUCUCGGUGGUCGGUAUGGAGAAGGUCCCCUUCGAGCGUGUGCUCGGCGAGGAAGUGGGUCAGGGUCUUAUGCAGGCGCAGGUCAAGAAUGGCCUCAAGUUCUACAUGGAAGCAGGUGUCGAAAAGAUCGAAGGUGACAAGUCGUCCGGACCCACUUCGGUGGUCAUCAAGAACAGCCAAGGGAAGCAAGAAUCCAUCGCUGCCGAUGUUGUCAUCCUCGGUGUUGGCGUAGCUCCUGCCACCAACUUCCUCAAAGAGUCCGGCUUCAAGCUCGAGAAGGACGGAGGAAUCGCCGUCGACUCAAAGCUCCGCGUCGAGGGUCACAGCGACAUUUUCGCCAUCGGUGAUAUUGCCGCUGCUCCUACACGCGCUUCGGACCACUCUAGGAUCGAGCACUGGAACGUCGCCUCGAACCACGGUCGUGCAGUAGCCAAGACGCUCGCAGGAACCGAGACGGACUACGACAAGGUGGCCAUCUUUUGGUCCGCGCUCGGCUCGCAGCUGCGAUACUGCGGUAGCGGCGGACCCCAAUUCGACAAUGUCUACGUCGACGGUAAGCCGGAGGAGCUCAAGUUUGCCGCAUACUACGCAGAGGGAGACGAAGUGGUGGCUGUGGCUACCAUGGGCGUGGACCCAUUGAUGGUGCAGUGCAGCGAGCUGAUCCGCAUCCGAGCUAUGCCCAAGCUAUCCGAGAUCAAGAAUGGAAAGAACCCGCUCGACCUUGAUCUCUCGACGCCUUCGGCCAAGAUCUAG